AAGCUAACAAAUGUAAAUAAAUGUCACCCAUUUAAUUUAAUGAUGUGGUGAUGCAAUUUUUCGUUAAUGGUAAACGCAGCAGGCUAAAAUAUUUUUAUCUGAAUAAUUUUUUUCUUUUUGCAGCUUAUAAUGAUCAUCCCUCCAUGAUUUUUGUUUUUUCUACUUAAUUAUAUCAUGUCAGAAAACAAGUUACACUUGAGCAUUGAACUAUGGCUCCAAAAGUUGGAUCUCCUAAGAUAUAAACAUCUGUUUAAAGAUUAUAAUGGAGUUGAGGAAAUACUGUGGAUGUCAGAGAGAGAUUUAAAAAACAUAGGAAUCAAAACUGGCAGUCAUAGAGCCAGGCUGAGUUCCUCUUUGGCUAUUCUAAAAGAUAAACAUGACAAAAUGUUUAGACAAAAUCAUGGCUCACCUAAUUUUAGUGGAAACAACUCUCCUCAUACUAGCAUUUCACCAAUACAACAUAUGAGUUUUUCACGACAUGAAACGGGAGUUCGGAGCUGGCCUUCAACAAAUCCAUCAAGUUCUCAAAGCACCACCCAUUGUAGUCCAAGAUCUAGUCUUGAAGGAUAUCCUGUAACAGAACAUAACGCUACAGAGUUAAAGAAAGCGUUAGAGAGAGAACUGAGUUUGGACAGCUCAGAUUUGAAAAGUCACGCUUGGUAUCAUGGUACCAUUUUACGUCAGAGAGCCGAAGAGCUGGUUACACAAGAUGGAGACUUCCUUGUGCGUGACUGCAUCUCACAACCUGGAGAUUUUGUCAUUACUUGUAAAUGGAAUGAUAUUCCUUUGCACUUUAUUAUCAAAAAGAUAAUUGUGCAGCCAGAUACAGUGUAUGAAAGAAUUCAAUUCUGCUUUGAAAAAGAAAGUUUUGACAGCAUACCCGACUUUAUUACAUACUAUGUAGGCAGUAGAUGUCCAUUAUCAGAAAGUUCUGGCGUUAUAAUUUGUCGCCCUGUGAAUCGAGUCAUGCCAUUAUCGUACUAUGCCUCACGCUAUGGAGUUCAGUGCCAAAUUCAUUAUGUUGCCAAAGCUUUAGAAAAAAUUCCAUCUACACCAACCAGUAUUUCCAUGAAUCAUAAUGCCAUGAUAAUACCAGAUGAUAAACCUUCAAUAAUACCAGUUAGACCAAAAAAUCUUAUUACAUCCUUCGAUGAUAAAAAAAGAACUGAAAGUAUACAAACUUUGCCAAAUAAAAAGAACAACCAAUCAUCUAACAAAAAUAGUAAUUUAGUGAGGAUGGGCAGUGAUCCUUCUUUAAAUUCCCAAACUGAGAAACGAACUGUGGAGCCGAGGCCAAAUUCCGGUGUUUUCAAUUCAGACUCUGUGAUAUCUGUUCCUAUGAAUUCUAGUGAUAAGCCACCCCCUAAACCUAGUCGUGUUCCCUCGAAAAGAUGCUCGCAGAGGCCUGUCAUUAUAAAGAGAGAAAGGAAACUUUCACAAAUAGACCCAAUAGACACAGAAAAUUCUAUUCUGAUUCCAAGUCCCUCUGUUGCUCAUUUGUCUUAUGAAAGGCAACAAUCAGAAACUAGGUUUUCAUUUUUAGAUAGGCCUAGUGUUUCAAGCUGUGGUUCCACACCUGACGUAGAUUCACCCCAAAAAGAAUUUACAAUUCCGAGCAUGCAACCUUUGUCUUCAUUCGACCCACAAACAUUUCGAUCUCAUUUGAUAAAAGCCGAGAACGCUCCAUUGGAAGGAACAGUGCUAUCAAAGAUACGGAAUGUAUUGAUGUCUUGCUCAUCUAAAAUAUUAGCCUGUCAUUUAACGAAAAUUGAUUUGGAAGUUAUUCAGAAUUUUGAAGAAAUCGAUCUUGGAUUGGGUGUUAACAGUGGUCUGGAAUUGUUUUUGCUUCCACAGGGGGAACGAUUGAUUAAAGAUUUAAAUGAAAGAACUGAGAGCAUUAAACUGCUUAUAGCAGUCUUAAUUCUCACAUCCCCUGAGGAAGAAGAAAGAGUUAACUUGCUGAAUAAAUGGAUUGAAAUAGCUAUUGAAACUAAAACAACUUUGGGUAACUUAUAUGGCUUCACAUCAAUUAUGCUUGGUCUUACUCUCCCAGAGAUCCUUGGCUUGCAUUCCACUUGGUUAGCUUUGAGACAUUCUUUCACGGAGAUUGCUUUUGCAUUUGAGACAAAAUUACGACCUGCAUUUAAAGCUCUUCACAAUGCCACAGGAUUAGAAGCCCCUAAUACUUGCUUCCCUUACAUUUUUUCUUUGCUCUUGAUUUUGCAACAAUACAUCUCUGUGAUAAAGCACAUAUCUGAUGAAGGUCUUUCUGAGUCAUCCUCCAGUACCAUCCUUAACUUUUACCUCCCAGGGAGUAAUUCUUCUGAAGACUUUGGACUUCAGCUUUUGGCCGACCACCUGGAAACAGGACGAAACAUCAUGCAACAGUUUCCAUUGUUUAGAAUGAAUGGAAACAUGUCUUUGACAAACAUCGGAUAUGACAAUACUGUAUUGGACAUUUUUAGGACUGAGUUUCACAUGCGCACAUUAUGGGGAUAUAGAGGCUCUGUGGUUUGCCAUGAGGAUAGACAUAAUAUUUUCAGAAAAGUUGUUUAUUCUCUUUAUCAAAAGUGCCUUGCUGUUAAUAACUGAGCUUUAGCUAUGUAAUCUUCAGCAUGGCAAAAAUAGAAUAGAAAUUUUAUUUAUAAUUUUAGCUUCAAGAGCUUUUACUGUCCGUCCACCAUAAGAAGACCAAGUUAUAGUACGAGCCCAUUAGGUGAAAUAGAGGUCAUGUAAAAACUAAAACUUAAGGCAAAUAAAAAAAAUAAUGGUAGGCAGUUGGUAACUUUAUGCCAAUGGUGAUUCUCCGGCUCAAUGACAUCACCUGGUCAAAAUGAACACAUGAAAGGUUAAUCGUCUUCUUAUGGUGGAAGGUCAAUAUCUUGUAGAUACUAUUAUUUUUGCUAGUGAUAUGUAUUUUAUAUAGAGCCAAACUAUUUUUAGAUAUUUUAUUAUGAUAAUUACAAUUUUUUUAACUCUUUUACAAAUAGACAUGUAAAACUAUUUUGGGAACUUUUGGAAUAUUUUUAUAUUUGGAAAUAUAUUAACAAAUACUAAUUAUUAGAAUAAUUUUUUAAAUACAUGCAUAAUUGUUAUGCAAUAGUUGCAAAAUGAUAUUUUAGUAAAUAUUGUUAAAUCAUCAUUAGUAUAUCUCAUUGACUAUAAGAGUCAUAUUUAUUUAUCCUUGACUGGAAGUCAUAUUUGAUUAAUCUUACUUUUUGAAAAAUAAACUUUCCUGUUUUUAAGUUAAUAUUGUCACUUCAAAAAUAAGACAAAGGGUGAGUUCUGUGCAGAGUCAGUAGAGUAUUGUCCAAAUCUCUUCAACUUUCGAAUUGCAACCUCUAUUGCUGGCUUUCCAGUUCAUACAUAAUACUUUAUUUGAUAAAAACAUUUCUUCAAUAUUUAGAUCAAUUCUGUUUGAAGAAAGUUAUUAUACUAUAUAUUAAAAAAUGAACAAAUAAUAACAUUUGAUUCAUCAUUUUCAAAAUUUAGUUCAACCCAUCUGCCUAUAUUGCACUAAUCAUAUACUCAAUUACCUAAUGCAAAUUUUAAAUAAAUUUUCAUUUCAAUAAAAGUAUUACUGUAAAAAAAUCAUUUUGCACAUUUAGAUAAAAAAAAUUAUUGUGAAUAAAACAUUGUUCAAACAAUUAAUUUAGCUUAAAUAAUUUAUUUGUAUGUACUAUAUAUAUGGGAAGGGGUCUCCAUUACAUUAUUCCACUGAUUCCAUGUUACAUAACUCACCCCCAAGUUUUUGAUGAGUUAGUAUUUUAUUUCUAAUUUGAUGCAAAUCAAACAAAUGCAUUUAUAGCUUAUAAUAUUGUAGUAAUCACUAACUUCACAGUGAAUAAGUUUUAAGGGAUUUUACUUCUUCUAUGUUAACCUACAAAUAAUUAUAUGUCCAAAAUUUCUUUAUUUAUUCAGUAACUAAUUAAUAUUUUUGAAUAAUUUUUGCUUCAUUUUAUUCUUUGAAAUGCAUUCUGCUGAACUUAGUUACCAAGUUUUAAAUUGAAAAUUGGUAAAUAUUUUUAAAACCCUAAUUUUGAAAAUAUUUUAAAAAUCCUUACAAAUUUAAAAUUUAGUAGUUGAAUAUAUUUCAUUGAAUAGAGUAAACCAAAAAAGAUCAAUGGGGUACUGAAUAAAUAAGAAAAUUCAGAUUAUACAAUUCUCCAUAGGUGAACUUUGAGGAAGUGCAAUCUCUCUUUGGUUUGAAGAAAACCCUUAAGUGCAAUUUUUACUAUAUUUUGAACAAGAGAGUUUUAUGCAGUUAUUAUUGUUUUCCAAGAUAGUGUGAUGACAACACUUUUUCCUUUGUCUUUACCAAAAAUUCAUCUUUAUGAGGUUCAAAUAUAUUUUUUUCACUGCAUACAUAGACUUCAGUGAAUGAAGUAAAAACCAAAAAAUAAAUAAAAUAAUCAGUAUACAAUUUUUACUGGCCUUACUGUGAUUCGAAUAUUAUCGCACAUAUGAAGGUUAUUUAAUGAAAAAUGUAUUGUUGUCUAACACUGUUGAUAUUGAAAGUUUUUCGUUUCAAACAAUUUCAAUCUGUAUUCUUAAAUUUUUUUUUUUUUAAAUCAAUAUAAUGUAUUUUACUGAAUGCAAAACUAAUUCAUUUAACUUAUUGAAAGAAAUUAGUUUUUUUAUUAUCAAAAUUUUGAAAUAAAACUAUAUGUGAACACCAACGCAUAGCAAUGGGUUCUCAUACAUCAUCUCAAUUAACUUGUCAAACAUGUAUUAAUAUUUACAUUUUUCUAUUACAAUCACUUAGUUUUUUUUUUAAAAAAUUAACUGUAUCGGAAAAAAAUGUGCAAUUUAAGAAAGAAUAAAUCCUUUAAAUGUCAUCUUUUUAUUUUAAUAACAUUGAAUAAGCUUCUAAUAAGCUUCUGAUCUUAGUGGACCAACACAAUCAUCUUAUGUAUCAUACCUGUGAAAUAUUUUUUAUGUAUGUAUCCAGAAAUAUAUUUUAGAAUAUCAUUCAGCCCAAUGAGUUUUUUUUCUCUUUCUAUUGCAAUGUUUUUCAUUAGUGCAAAAUUGUUAUGUUUAAAACUGUUAUUGAAUUUAAGUGAUUAAAAAGCGUGAUUUAUUGAA